GCAUAUUGAAUGUUUCCGUCGGCAGAUGCGAAACGAAAAAAAUCAUCUCAUGUCACACAAUUUGCAUUGCAGGACAGAGUUUUACGACCAUGAUGACGGGCCCAAAAAGUCUCUUCCAAAAUCAACUACCGUCGUAAAUAAGCGUGCGCGUCCUCAAACGAAAGGUCGGGAAUGUGAAUUAACGACGCGUAAUUUGUAAUCGGGGGAAGAUUUAUCCUCACUAUUCUAGUUCCAGACUAUUAUGAAUCAUAAUAAUCAAAUAAGUGUGAUACCCAGGUUGUACCACCUUCCUAACCGUCCCGAUCAUAUAUAAAGCGGGUUUGUUUGAUUUAUCUGUAAAUUAUUAACUCGCGCGUCGAGAGCAAAAUAACAUUGAACGUAUAGGGUGCACACACGCUAACAGACGUAGGCCUACUAUACUCGAUCGUGUUAAACAUUUUUCAAACCUAACGGCAAAUGAUACUAAAUCGGAUAUUCUAACUGGAUAAUUUCUGCUUUCUUAUAUGGUUAAGAAACCAUGGCAUCUUUGAAGCUGCAGUUCGUUGUUUUUGUAGCGGUUGCCGCUCUGUUGAUCAGCAACACUCAUGCUGGUGAUCGGAAGAUCCACACUAGGAGAAAGAGAGCACUCCUUGAUGUCAGAAACUGUGAUGUCAAUCCACCGAAUUAUCCACCAAGUACAGUCAUCUCGGAUGUAAAGUUGGACCGAUUAAGAACAGAGAUGAGGACGAAUCUAUUCCAGUACGAGGCUUAUAUCAUCCCAGGAUAUGAUGCACACGGGAGUGAGUACCCAGCUGAUCCCGAUAGGCGACUCUUUUUCAUGUCCGGGUUCAACGGCACAGGAGGCUUUGCCAUCGUCACUUUAGAAUGGGGGAACGCGGUAUGGACAGAGCCGCAGUUUGAAUUACUCGCACAGCAGCAGUUAGACUGCAACUGGGAAAUCAUGAUCCUCGGUGACGAUGAUUUCUUGACUCCAUGGGAAUGGCUGAUCCGAGAUGAUCGGACAACCGAUCCGGAUGAUAUCAAUUUCAUACCCGGAGCUGGUAUGCCAGCCGGAUCCCAAGUAGGAUUCGAUCCCCGCCUCAUGCCUUACAGGGACUGGUUCGAUCUGACGGAUACCAACCGUCGCGAGACUCGGUCGAUGCAAUUUCGAACCCACGACGACGAACACAACCUGGUGGACAUCACAUGGGAAGAUCUUGAGAGUGAGAAAGACCCUUACCCGGGCGAGAAGCUUGAGGUUCAGGGCGAUUACAUUGCAGGAUAUACUUGGAGACAGAAGAUAUUCCAAGAGAUGCCUGAUCAACCGAACUUUAAGAAUGUUCGACAGAUAAUGGCAGAGAGAGAUUGCGACCUACUCGUUAUCACAGGGCUUGACGAGAUUGCAUGGCUCUUUAACCUCCGUGGUGAAGAUGUGCCUUAUAACCCUCUAUUCAUAUCGUACGCAGUGGUUGGAUUCAGCUAUAUUUAUUUGUACUUGUACGAUACAGGAGUGAGAUUAGAUAAAGAACGGUAUCCCGAAAUCCGUCAACACUUGGACCUGGACUCCCAGGAGUGUGCCGGCUCAAGUCGCUCAACUUGUAUCGUAGCAAAGGGACUGUCUUCCUUCUAUUACGACCUGACUGUCGAGAACAAUCUGGUUUUCUCUCAGAAAAUCUGGUUUAGUAAUUCAUCAAGCUAUUUUGUCUACGAUGCUAUCAUGAACAAGGUCAACAAUGAUGACAGGAAAUACAUCAUGGAACCAUCUCCCAUACUUUUAAUGAAAGCUAUCAAAAAUGAACAGGAAGUGGAAAGCAUGAAAGAAGCAAUGCUCAUCGAAUCAUCAACUAUGAUAGAGAUGGUAACAUGGAUGCAAGGGCUAUUAGAAGAUAUGAAUAACCCCAAGGAGGGAAAUGCGGAAGUUUUGACGGAAUAUAUGGCCGCAGAAAGAUUGCAGACUAUACGAACCUACCAACAGUCGUACAUGUAUCCAAGCUAUGAAACGAUAUCGGCAUUCGGACCAAACAGCGCAGACUAUUAUUACCGUCCUGAGGAGAACGAUCGUGUUCCCAUUACUACCGGACAGAUCUUCCUUUACGACAUCGGUGCUCAGUACAGAGAAGGGACCACCUCUCUUUCACGAGCGUUCUUUUUUGCCAAGGAAGUUGAUCUGUCCCGUUAUUAUGAAGUAGAGGAACCAACAAUGCUAGAGAAGGAAAUCUAUACACGAGUUCUCCUUGGUCAUAUAGACUUGUGUAAUGCCUCAUUUCGAGCAAACGUCUAUGGUCGUGACCUCGAUGCUUUGGCACGUCAGCAUCUGUGGAACGUGGGAUUAGAUUAUAUUCACCCCACUGGCUACGGCCUAGGACAGUUUCUUACUGUGCAUGAAGAACCCGUCAAUAUUGGAGAUUACACACUAGAUGAAACGUUUCAUGCAAACAUGAUAAUUUCGAAUGGACCUGGUUAUUACAACAUAGAUCCAGAGAGUACAACUGACAAAGACUUCGGGGUUCGGAUAACAAACGCCUUGCAGGUGGUUCCGUCGGAGACACCGUACGGAAAGGACGGCGAGGAGUAUUUUGAAUUCGAGGUUAUAUCUUUUGUGCCUUUUGAACCCCGGUUGAUUAACUUCGAAAUGUUUACGAGAAAACAGUUGGAGUGGUAUAACAACUACAACACCCAGAUUCGUGAACAGUUAGAUGGAAAACUAUCAGGCAAUGCUCGUGAAUGGAUGCUUUCCAAAACCAGAUUCCAGAAAUACGACUGGGAAUACAUUGGAGGCGCGUCAUCCAUCUCCAUGGCAACCACCUCUAUCUUGAUUUCAAUUUGUUUGAUUGUAGCGCAUUUCUUGUCAAAAUAGAAUGUUAUUUAUUGAUUUCAUUAUAUCGUCUAACACGGGGGGGGGGGUCACACAUUAAACGUUUUAGCUACGUUAUGACGUCGCCCGUAGGGCAAGCCAGUUAUUAUUUAAUCCGAUUUCUUGAUAUAUCAACAAUUCAUUUUUUUACAUCGGAAAAUCACGGAAUUGUUAAGAAGUGUCGAUUCCUGGUUCUUCAUAUGAAAGUAACGACCAUUUUGGCUUAGUUACUGUUUUCCCAGGUAAUUCCUUACUGGGGGCUUCAAGUAUAUUAUGGCCUUCAAUGGUGUCGAUCCGCAGAAAGUUCUAUUCAUCUGGGGCAUAUAAUCCGUAAUAAUUCAAAGCGUCAUUGCCCUCAAAUGAAUAGAAAGCGCGAAAGCGAUCGACGCCCAUGAUGGCCGCCAUAAGUUGCAGUGAUAUAAAAUCUGAUUUAUAUUAUUAAGGAUAUUAUGGUAAAACAGCUUGCCAGUAUGCACUGGUUUUACGUCACUUGAUGAGAGUUCACGACGAAAACGUGACAAAUGCAGACCCAGUAUCGUAAAUGAUGCUCGUAUGUGGACAAAUAGAAUGAUGCAUGGACGGCAAUAUCCAUGUAAUUGAUUCAUGCAUUAUGGGAAUUAUAUACAGUUGUAUUUCUUUCAAAUAAUUGUGGAAAUUAGACAAACCCUCCUAUUGUGAGUAAUACGUUGUAAUUACUGUCGACAAUUUUGUGCGAAUUAUUGAACAUUUCCCAAACUAGCUGUAUACCUAUUCAUUAGUUGGCUGACAGUAAGAAAACAAAUCAGUUUGAAAUUAACUCUUGAUCAAUAGAAAUAUAUUGAAGUCUAAUCAAUAUCAUAUUACCUACUAUCCUUGUGCUUAAUUUGGUCCGGGCUUUUAGAUAUAAAUAUUUGAAGCAAAAUAUUACCUUGACGAUAGCGUAACCUCUAAUUUAUUCCCCUGCUGCUCAUUUCCUUCAUACAUUUCUUGUAAAUAACAAACGGCCAUUAGCAAUAUUUGUAAAAGUAAGACUAUUCAAAUUGCCUUUUCUUCCAAAGAUUCUGUGUGUGUUGGUAUAUGUGUUUUUUAACAUUUUUUUUUUUUACAAAUAACUUUAAUUUAGGAAAUAUAUGUACUAAUUAUGCAAAUUACUGUCGGGGAAAAUGAACGCAGGGUAUUGAUAGAAGCGCAUGGGUCCGAUGCAUAUUAUCCACGCCUUGUGAGUAAUGAAGUUUGUUUAUUAAAUGCUUAUUUUCCUCUGCAAUAUGGAUA